UAGCUAUAUAAGGCCAUGCGUGCCCACCGCUUCUGGCACACAAAACAGCUCGUGCCACAGAUCGAGGUAGCCAUGAUGAGAGCACUGGCGGUAGUGGCCAUGUUGGCCACGUCCUUGGCCGUGACCGCGCGCGCCGAGCAGUGCGGGUCGCAGGCCGGCGGCGCUGUGUGCCCCAACUGCAUGUGCUGCAGCAAGUGGGGGUGGUGCGGCACCACCUCCGACUACUGUGGCACCGGCUGCCAGAGCCAGUGCAGCGGCUGCGGCGGCGGAGGAGGAGGCGGAGGCGGCGGCGGAGGCGGCGGCGGCGGCGGCGUCGGCUCCAUCAUCUCCCAGUCCCUGUUCGACCAGAUGCUGCUGCACCGCAACGACAACGCGUGCCCGGCUCGGGGAUUCUACACCUACGCCGCCUUCAUCGCCGCGGCCAACGCCUUCCCCGGCUUCGGCACCACCGGCGACCUGGACACCCGGAAACGGGAGAUCGCGGCGUUCCUGGGCCAGACGUCGCACGAGACCACCGGCGGGUGGGCCACGGCGCCCGACGGCCCCUACUCGUGGGGCUACUGCUUCAAGCAGGAGCAAAACCCGGGGUCCGACUACUGCCAGCCCAGCUCGCAGUGGCCCUGCGCCGCCGGAAAGCAGUACUACGGCCGCGGGCCCAUGCAGCUGUCCUGGAACUACAACUACGGCCCGGCGGGGCAGGCCAUCGGCGCCGACCUCCUCGGCAACCCCGACCAGGUGGCCGCCGACGCCACCAUCGCCUUCAAGGCGGCCAUCUGGUUCUGGAUGACGGCGCAGUCGCCCAAGCCGUCGUGCCACGCCGUCUCCACGGGGCAGUGGAGCCCCACGAGCGCCGACCAGACCGCGGGGAGGCUGCCUGGCUACGGCGCCAUCACCAACAUCAUCAACGGCGGCCUCGAGUGCGGCCGCGGCGUCGACAGCCGCGUCGCCGACCGGAUCGGCUUCUACAAGCGCUACUGCGACAUGCUCGGGGUCAGCUACGGGUCCAACUUGGACUGCUACAACCAGAGGCCCUUCGGCAGCUAAGCUAGCCGAACGAUCUUAACUAAAACAGUACAUAUAUUGCUUGUUUAUAUGUACCAACACACAAGAAGAGCUGUUACCACUACAAGGUAGAGUUCACAACAAGUGUAUACGAAUAAUGCAAGCAAUACUACUAUAUGCUACUGAAUCAUCAGUGCAAUAAAUAAAAAUACAUGCUUAGCGAUCAA